GCAGAUCCAGGUCCCGCCUCUGAUGCUUUAUGAAAGCUGGCUUCGCUCUGUUCAUCACUCUGCUGAUCAGACUGACAUCAUGCUGCUCACCGUCUGCGCUCUGCUCCCUGCUCUGGCAGUGGUCAGCUCACAGAAAGUAGUGACGCAAAAGCCUCCAGUUAUAACAGUAGAUAAGGGGAACUCUGUCACUAUGGACUGUAACAUCGAAAAGGAUGAAGGCAACAAAGUCUCCUGGUAUAAACAGAUUCCACCAGCAGCUCCAGACAUGUCCCUGCAGUCUCUCCUUUAUCUGCUCCUCACGCUGCUCAUCUCUUCACUCAGCACGAGAGUCCCAUCACACACAGACACCAUGCUGCCAGCGCUCUGCUCUCUCUUCACUGCUCUCUCAUGUGUCAGUGGUGUGACUGUGGUGACGCAGAAGCCUCCUGUUCUCACACUGACUCAAGGACAGACGGCCACCAUGGACUGUAACCUGGGAACUGCUUCUAAUGAAGUUGCAUACUGGUACAAACAGGUUCCUGGAGGAGUUCCUCAGUAUGUGUUAAGAAAUUAUUAUGGCUGGAGCGCUCCUGAAUAUGGAUCUGGUUUCUCAUCUCCUAAAUUCACAUCAACACACUCCUCUAAAUCAGAUCAUAAACUGAUUAUCAGUAAUGUGGAGGUGGGAGACUCAGCAGUGUAUUACUGUAAGACAUGGGACAGCUCUGCUAGUGAGGUUGUAACACAGUGAUGUACACCAUGACAAAAACCUCCUCACUGCUUACACUCACUUCUGCUUUCACACAACAUGAGAAACAACAAAAACCUGAAUCUCAAAU